UAACCUUAGGCAAUUUUUCAACCUCAAAUUCAACAGGUGAGAAACAGUAUUUGGCAGAGAUAUGCACGAUUGGGAGGAUGAGGCACAAGAACAUAGUGCAACUCCAAGGUUGGUGCCAUGAGGGGGAACAGCUUUUGCUAGUCUACCAAUACAUGGCCAAUGGUAGCCUUGACCGCUUUAUUGGCAAGCAGUCCCUCAGUUGGGAGACCCGUUAUGAGAUCCUAAUUGGCGUGGCCUCGGCACUACUCUACCUCCAUGAAGAGUGUGGGAACCCUGUGGUCCACCGAGACAUCAAGCCCAACAAUGUCAUGCUAGAUGUCAACUACAAUGCCUACUUGGGUGACUUUGGGCUUGCGAGGCUCAUCCAGAGCGAUGCCUCAGCGACAACCAUGCUCGCGGGCACCCCCGGGUACCUAGCCCCAGAGGUGGCAUACUCAGGGAAGGCCAUGCCAGAGUCGGAUGUGUACAGCUUUGGGAUGGUGGUCCUAGAGGUGGUGUGCGGGAAGAGGUCAAAGGGGAUCACAAAAGAGGACACCUUGGUGGAUUAUGUGUGGAGUCUCUAUGGUGAAGGCUCGAUCUUGGAGUGUGUGGAUGAGCAAAUGGAAGGCCAAUUUGAUGAGGAGCAAGUGGAGAGGGCACUAAUAGUGGCCCUUGCUUGCUUGCACCCCUACUUUGCGUGCAGGCCGAGGAUGCGAAAGGUGGUCCAGAUUUUCCUGAACUCGGACGAGUCGCUGAUGGAGUUGCCUAAGUCCCGCCCCAACAUGGCCUUUGUGCCAGUCUCAUUCUCAGGCUUGACCACCGUCGGCUACUCCUCCACCUACAAGACCAAUUCCACCUUCACUCACUCACAGCUCAGUUCAACCCCAGAGAUAAAACUCAAUCAUGAACAAGGGAUGCUUGGAUUGCGUUAAUGGUCUUGAGAAUUAAAGAUCGUAUCAAAAAAUUUCACGCAAUUCAUAUCCGAGUCAUACAAGAAUGAGUUUUACUUUGUAUUAUGUUAUGAUGUAGUGCAAAAUGGAUACUCUUUGAAGCUAGUUGUACUGUAUUUACAUACCUCUAUGAAUGUUACGUUCUUAUGUGAAAUUGAGUUGGAGUGGUUCAAGUCAUGCCACCUCAUUGUAGGA